AUGUCAGGGCAGAUCGGAGCACUCUCUCCCGGCCAGAUCGACUCCCAUGGAGCGUUCCUCUCCCUGCGCUUCUUCGCCUAUCGCAGAAGUUUACCGCUGCAUAUCAACUACUGGCCGAGUCCGCCGGCGGUUGAAGCUUGCCGUCUCCCUUCUGAGACUAUCUAUAACGAUGGCCUCAAGGUCACUGUGAAAGAGGACGCUUCGCUCUUUCCGCUCAGGUAUUUACUCAUACCCCAAACAGUAGGAAGACCAGCUCUAAUGGCUUUCCCAGGGUCUCUCUUUGCUGAAAAUCUUUCAUACCUUUGUCCGGCCUGGGAUUGUCACUAUAUGGCACAGCUAGGACAUGAAUUUGACGGAUCGCAGCUCCAACUGGUCUUGCUAAAGUGCACUUUACAUUUGUAA